CAUAAUUCCUCUUCCGCUGACUGAUCGUAGGUCGUCAGGAGCGUCGACAUUUUGUUAGCUUCUUAGCAAAAUAAACUGUCGCGGGCAGUUCUCAGGGCAUCUUUGUUGUUAUCAGAGUUGCCCUCUGUCGCUGUCAUCAUGUGGUACGAAAUUCUGCCCAGCUUCGCCAUCAUGACCGUGUGUUUGAUCAUUCCCGGCGUCGCCACCGCACAGAUCCACAAGUUCACCAACGGAGGAAAGGAAAAGAGAAUCGCUCGGGUUCCCUGGCAGUGGUACCUGAUGGAGAGAGACAGGCGAGUGUCAGGAACAGGAAAGUACUUUGACUCCAAGGGACUGGAGAACAUCCACUGAUGACGAGGAGUAUGAAGACCAGGAUGAGGAAAAUGUUCUUUGUUGUACAGCAAAAGAUUUUAUUUAACACUCAGUUUUUUUCAGUCUUUCGAGGCAAAUGUCCCCGUUCAGUUCAAUUAAACUGUUCCACACUGGAGAUCUGUGGAGGUUUCUUGGCUCAUAUAUUGAAUUUCAAAAGCAGCAGACGAGACACUCUAAUGCUGCUCUGAUCAAAUAAAGGCUUUACACCUGUUUA